GAAACAUCAACACCAACAACAUUCGACAAAGCUCUGUUCAUUUUUUUUUCCCUUUGUCUUGUCUUUUUUCUUUAUCAUAGUAAAAAAGUAUUAUCACACACAUAGAAAGGAUUUGUUUUUCAUACACUUUAGUUUUUUAUUGUUGGGUUUGGUAAAUUAACUCAAGAAGAACAGCUUAUCCCUGAGUGAAAGAGAUCUUUUGGCUAUCAUUUUUGGAAAUCUAUGGAGCCGCUUGUCAACUUUGUAAUACGGCCUCCUAGAGCUAAUUACAAUCCAGACAGUGAUCUGUUGGACAAAGAGUUCAAUGUGAAAGGGAAAUGGUACCAAAGAAAGGAUAUAGAGGUUAAAAAUGGCAGGGGAGAUGUUCUAUUGUGUAGUCAUUACAUGCCUCUGGUUAGUCCUGAAGGAAAACCUCUGCCCUGUGUGAUAUACUGCCAUGGCAACAGUGGCUGCAGGGCUGAUGCUAGUGAAGCUGCCAUAAUCUUGCUGCCUUCAAAUAUUACAGUUUUCACUCUUGAUUUUUCAGGAUCUGGGUUAUCUGGAGGAGAACAUGUCAGCUUGGGUUGGCAUGAAAAGGAUGAUCUGAAAACAGUGGUUGAUUAUUUGCGGGCAGAUGGAAAUGUCUCUUUGAUUGGCUUAUGGGGCCGCUCAAUGGGUGCUGUUACCAGCCUAAUGUAUGGAGCUGAGGAUCCUUCAAUUGCGGGAAUGGUUAUUGACAGUCCCUUUUCUGACUUAGUCGAUCUGAUGAUGGAACUAGUAGAUACCUCUAAUUUCCGUCUGCCCAAGUUCUCAGUUAAGUUUGCAAUCUGGUACAUUCGAAAAGCAGUCCAGAAAAAGGCAAAGUUUGACAUAACAGACCUGAACACCAUCAAGGUGGUAAAUUCUUGCUUUGUUCCUGUGCUGUUUGGCCAUGCUGUUGGUGAUGAUUUUAUACGCCCUCAUCACUCAGAUCGUAUAUUUGAAGCUUAUUUGGGUCAUAAGAAUAUUAUCAAAUUUGAGGGAGAUCACAACUCUCCUCGUCCUCGGUUUUACUUCAAUUCCGUAAAUAUCUUUUUCCACAAUUUCUUGCGGCCUCCUGAGGAUGAGGUGGGGGCAACUAUUUAUGAUUCAAUACAUGAUUACUUUGGUAAGGGUAGUUGGGUUGUCCCUGAAGUAGGUUUUGUCCCAGAGUCUUCAGCUGCAUCUAAAGGCAUGACUAAUAAUGGUGUUGUCUUACACUCAAUUGUCUUGCUGGUAUUUUUUAUUACAGAGCCAGCGGCUAGACGCACAGAAGAUGCCAUUAAACAAGUUCAUUCUAAAAGUCCUAUGAGUCGAACAGAGGUUCCUUCUGAUAUCCCAUCUGAAGAAAAUCACCCUGGGUGUCAGGAUAAAGAUACCAUUGGUGAUAAUGGUCCGUCAUCAUCCAAUAUGAUAAGCUUUGAAUUAUCCAGUUGUCAUCCAUUUGGCCCCCAUGUGCCAACAACGAUGGAUGAUGAUCAGUAUGUGGAAUAUCAACUGGAUGACUUUAGAGGUUUUCCAUAUAAUAUGGAGGAAGAAAGGAUGUUUAUGGAAGCCAUAAUUAAGUCCUUGGAGGACUUGGAGAGGCGACGUGCUCAGACAGAAGAGCAACCUAAGGCUUGUGCCGAUACUUCAGAGUCUUUACAGAAAGAUGAAACAAACAACAGGGAUACUUCUUCCACCACAGAAAAGUGUAGUUCCUUUCCCCCAGAGUCCAUUUCUGCUAAAGUGGAUCAUCAUCAGGCGCCCUUUGAGACAGAAUCCACCAUAGUAAUCAAUAGCACCAAUGUCACCCUGGGGCACACAUCUCCUGAUACUAGUGUGUCAUCUGCAGAACCUGCGUUUGAUACGCUUCCAUCAAGCGCGGAAUCAGGGAGCAUAGGGACCUCUGGACGAAGCAAUACCUCAGCAAGCAUCCAAAGUUCAUCUAAUGCUGACAUGUCAGCUAGCACAAAAGCUACUGUAACAGUUGUACGAAACCCCUUUAAUAACAUCAUAGACGGUUUGAUGCGUCGCUGGGAUCUCAACUUCUUUCGAAACUGUCCAUGAAAUUUAAAGAUGACAUUGUU